AUGAUUUUACAUAUUGCCAUUGCUGCAGCAUUUACUUUUGACAUCAUGUACAAAUUGUCUUUGCGCGACGGAGACGCGUCGGAUGCGCAGCCACCAAACAACGUAGACACUUCUUUCGGCGAGCAUCAGUGGGCGGUCGUCAUCUUCAACGGCCUCCAUACUUCGAGGACUCGUCAACGUCACUCGACAGUUUUUGGGUUCGUCCAGGGGGGCGAACGCUUCUACUUCCAGUGCUGGGCGGCCCACAUCUUUGAAGAUGGACGUACGGAGAUGUUCUCCGAUUACGACCGCGAGCUCGAUCUUGAAGACUUGACACCUAUUACCUUCGUCGCCCGCAACGGUUCCGUCGCGCACACCGUCAUCUACGAAACGGAUGGAUGGUAUACGAUGGAGUAG